CGGCGGCGGCGGUGGCGGGGCCGUGGUGGCGGCGGCGGCGAGGGGCCCCCGGGGGGCAUGACCGAGGCGCAGCGCCCCUCCAAUGGCUCCGGAGCCCCCCGAGCCGCGCCUGAGGGGCCCGCGGGGCCUCCGCACGCCGGAGAAGGAGGAGGAAGAAGAGGCGGGCAAGGCGGCCCAGGCCAGGGGCCCGCUCUCCAGGGCUGCCAUGCUGCUCGGGCUCCUCUUCGUCCUCUGCCACCGCGUCCAAGGUACUGAGCAACAGCCAAUAACGGUUGCACCUUCUUCAGAGUCUUUUACUAACUGGAGAGCUAUAUUAUCACCAACAUGGCCUUCUAGAGAACUUGAGUCUUCCUCAGUGGGUGACAUUUCAAUGCGGCAAGCCUUGGAGAAUGCCAAUCUGCUUCAGAUUAUAAAAAGUACAUUAGCAGGGACACGGACCAGAACUAUGGACCAAACUAGGCCUUUGCCAAGUCUGUAUCAAGGCAGCGGCAACAGUGCAUCCCAGGAGCCUUCUGAAGUAUCUGCUGAAUCGCCAGUGAAGUCCCAAGAUGCUGAUGAAAUGACUAUUGUAUCAGUGUUACCGUCUGUGUCUCCUGGUGUAAUACCAUCUGUAGCAACUUCAGAAGCAACACCAGUUACAGCUCCAACAUCACCAAUGCUGACUUCAUCUUUGUUCUCACUGAGCACUGAAAAUUCGCCAUCUGUGAUGGCAUUAAGCACGUUAAUAUCAACACUAGCAAAAAAUAACACUGCUACAAAAAUGGCAUUGACUUUAAGCCCAAUAGUGACACAUUCGACCUUUCCCGUUGUAUCAAGGGACGGCUCUACAACACCUGUGCAUACCACUAGUUUAUCUCUAAUUCCCAAAUCUAGUACAAUUUCAGCUCCCACCACACAUACACCAAGACAAAUUGAAACAACAGUACUUGACACCAGGAAAUCCACAAGCCCAGACCUCACUAUAACAUCAACUGCAUAUCCACUGACAAUUACAGCAGCUUUGACAUCUAUUACAGCAUCAGCGAAAACAACUAGACUUCUCCCUACACCUGCUGAAAAUACUUCUGCAGCUACUCCUACUACACCAGUGCCAACUGCAGCUCUUGUUAAUGCGACAGCAAUUCUUCCUUUGGAAUGCCAGCUCUCCAGAAACCUCCUUGUUAAGACAGUUUUGUUUCUGAAUACAAGAAGACUGCUGCUAAAUGACUCCUUAAAACAGAAUGUCACAAGAGGUCUCACCCAGGCAUUGCGGCAAGCUUUCAACCAAAAUGUCAAUGCUCAAAUUGAAAUUCUGGAACAAUCAAACAAUGUGACAGUUGGUUACUAUGUAACUCAAGAGAAACUAGUUUUCAUACCUGCUGUGGUUAUAGAAAUGCUAAUUGCUUAUGGUGUUAGUAAUGCCACUUUGGAUAUUAAGCAGCACGUGCCAAAUCUUCAUUCUGUUGCUGUCUUAGCCUUGCCCUGGAGGCCACUGCCAGCUUACCAUUUUCAGCUGAAAACAGAAUUGCAAUUUAUGGGUCAGUCAGACAACAUACACUCAUGCAGAUUUGUUCAGACCAUGGAACAAAGAUUGCAGAAGGCAUUUCAGGAUGCGGAGAGAAAAGUCUGGAACACCAGUAGCAAGUUAACUGUUCAGAUCUUGAACACAUCAAAUGUUUCUCAAGCUGUCACUCUCUUUUAUGUAGUGAAAAAUGAAAGCACAGUCUUAAAUGGCACUGAAUCAAGCAACCUUCUUAAUCAUCUUUCUGCAGAACUGGUGGGUUUUUAUCUCACUUACCCACCUCUGACUAUUGCGGAAGCUUUGGAAUAUCCAAAUCUGGAUACUUCAGAUGCAACUAAGGACUACUGGGUAACUACAGUUAUACAGGGCAUUGAUAUCACACUGCUGGGGGUGAAUAACCAGAGUUUUGCGAGACUGAUGGAGCAACGUUUAGCACCGCUGUUCAUGAUGUCCCAUCAGCAAGGAAGACGAUUUAAACGGGCUACUACAGUUGGGAGCUACACUGUGCAGAUGGUGAAAAUGCAGCGAAUUCCAGGUCCCAAGGACCCUGCGGAAUUGACUUAUUAUACAUUAUACAAUGGGAAACCUCUGCUGGGCACAACUGCUGCCAAACUUUUAAGCACCGUUGAUUCACAAAGGAUGGCGUUGACACUGGGAUAUGUUGUUCAAGUACAAGCUGAUCCUGUGGUGAAAAAUCCACCCAACAACCUAUGGAUCAUUGCAGCAGUGUUGGCUCCAAUAGCCGUUGUUACUGUCAUCAUCCUCAUCAUUACAGCUGUUCUGUGCCGGAAGAACAAAAAUGACUUCAAGGGGGACACAAUGAUGAACUUGCCCCAGAGAGCUAAACCUGUCCAGGGCUUUGACUAUGCCAAGCAACAUUUAGGUCAGCAGGGAGCUGAAGACGAGGUUUUACCUGUUACCCAGGAGACUGUAGUACUUCCACUUCCUGUCAGAGAUGCUCCCACAUCCCAGGAGAGGGAAAUUAUUCAGGAUGGAAGCAUGGCUAAAACUGCCAAGUCUAAUGAAACAAGAAAGAGCAGGUCGCCGAGCGAGAACGGUUCUGUCAUCAGCAACGAAUCAGGGAAGCCCAACUCAGGCAGAGGCUCUCCACAGAAAGUAAUGGCACAGCAGAAAGUGACAAAAGAGGAGGGAAGAAAAAGAAAUGUGCCCACUAGUGAUGAAGAGGAGGGAGUCAUGCUCUUUGAUAAUGUUGCAAAGUCUGCCAUUGAUCCCUUCGACACAUCAUCUGGAUCUGUACAACUGAUUGCCAUAAAGCCAGUAGCAUUGCCUUCUGUACAUCCAAUUUCAGACAGGAAUCAGGAAACUGCUGUCCUUAAUGGGGAGAUAAAUAAAGCGUUGAAACAGAAGUCGGAUAUAGAGCAUUAUCGCAAUAAACUGCGCCUGAAAGCCAAGCGGAAAGGCUAUUAUGAUUUCCCAGCAGUUGAUAACAAUAAAGGUUUGGCAGACAGAAAGAAGAUAUAUGAAAAAGCACAAAAUGAAAUAGAUCACAUUUUGGAUCCUGAUACAGAUGGGUCUUCUCCAUUUAUAGAGCCCAAAAACAGGCAACAAAUGAAGAACUCUGUAUACCGAAGCAGGCAAUCUUUGAACAGUCCUAGUCCAGGAGAAACUGAAAUGGAUCUUCUGGUCACAAGAGAGAGACAAAGGCGGGGUAUCCGCAAUAGUGGCUAUGAUACUGAACCUGAGAUGAUAGAAGAAACAAAUGUUGACCGUAUCAAUGAACCCCGGAAUUAUACCAGAGCCCAUCAAGCAAAAGGCCAUUCAGAGACAUCAACGUUAAGUUCUCAGCCAUCCAUUGAUGAAGUUAGACAACAGAUGCACAUGUUACUGGAAGAAGCCUUUAGUUUGGCCUCAGCUGGCCAUAAUGGACAGAGCAGGCAACAAGAUGCUUAUAAUUCUACACAAAAUUUGCCAUACUCUGAAGUUGUGACAAGCGCUCCUGGCACCAUGUCUCGGCCCCGAGGGGGAAUUCAGUGGGUACCCACAUAUAGACCAGAAGUGUAUCAGUACAGUUUACCAAGACCUGCAUAUAGGUUUUCUCCGCUCCCUGAAAUGGUGAUGGGUUCUCCACCUCCGCCUGUGCCUCCUAGAACAGGACCUGUUGCCGUCACCUCUCUUAGGAGGUCGACCUCCGAUAUUGGCAGCAAGACAAGAAUAUCAGAGUCCAGUGGGACUGAACAGAUACAGCCGCAUGAUCAUGCCCCUUUUGUCCCAGUAUCAAGAGCCCCAGUAUCUGUGGCUCCAUUGGAUCAAUCAGCUUUGAAUUACUCAGGAGGUACAGUUCCAGCAGUGUUUGCCAUCCCAGCAACAAACCGACCUGGGUUUACAGGCUAUUUCAUCCCAACACCACCAACUGCAUAUAGGAACCAGGGCUGGAUGUCCUAUGCUGGAGAAAACGAAUUACCAGGACAAUGGGCUGACUCGGUCCCCCUGCCUGGCUACAUAGAAGCUUAUUCGCGGCCCCGGUAUCAGCACAACUCUCCUGCUAGGAUCCCUCGACAUUACAGCCAACCGGGAAAUAUGCACCACAUUUCGGAACAAUUCUCACUGCCCACCACUGCUGCUUCUCAACAGAGCUUGACAGAAAGUGAUCCUUCCGAUACCCCGCUGGCCAACCUUUCCACUGCUGCUCUGGUGAAGGCAAUAAGAGAAGAAGUAGCUAAGCUCGCAAAGAAGCAAACAGACAUGUUUGAGUUUCAGGUGUGAUGGUUUCACAUGUUUAUAUCGAAAGCAGGCAUCUAGCUUUCAAAUAAGACUUGUGGUGGCUUUUGCCAAAGCAAAUCCAUAUUUUCCUA